GUUACGAGUCACACGCAUGUUAUUGCACUAUAAAAAUUUGCCCGUAAUAAAAAAUAUGAGAUAUUACUGUUUGGGCAAAUAUAUUAUUUAUUUUACCAUCGCUAUUGUUUUGCUCUUCGCAUUCAUUACGGUUGGCGAUUUAUUUAAAAGUAACAUUAAAAUUGUUAACUCAAAGAUGAGAAUUUUCCCAAUAAAAAAACAUUUCGAUAUCGAUGUACGUACGUAUGGGAUUGAUGACAAUUUUUAUGAAGAUCGUAAAAAUGAACAGCAGAAAAUUAAAUAUAUACUUCUAUGGACUUCGCCGAGAAACGUGCCAUUCGUUUAUAUGGGACGAGGCCAACAGGAGUUCAUCAAAAAAUCUUGUAAAUAUUACAACUGUUACGUUACAUCCAACCCGCAUUAUCUUGGAGACAUCACUAAGUUCGAUGUCGUUGCAUUCGCUGGACCAGAAGUAGUAUACAUGGGACCAGAAAAAUUACCUCAGAAGCGAUCACCUCAUCAAAAGUACGCGUUUGCCAGCAUAGAAUCAUCACAUUAUUAUCCAUUAUGUGAUAAAAUAUUCGACGGUUAUUUUAAUUGGACGUGGACGUUCAAACUUGACUCCGACUCCAGAUGGGGUUACAUAAUUAUCCGAAAUGAAGAAGGUGACAUAAUUGGCCCUAAUAAAGUAAUGCACUGGAUAAAAACAGAAGACAUGAAACCUGUUUCCAAAGGCUUACUGUCGGUUCUAAAAGGGAAAUCUAAAGUUGCUGCUAUAUUUGUGUCUAAUUGUGAGACAUUAAGCAGUCGCGAAAUUUUUGUGAGUGCAUUGCAAAAUGAACUAGAUAAAUAUGAUUUAAAAAUUGAUGUGUACGGAAAAUGUGGAAAGUUAAAAUGUGACCGAACUGAUGAAGAAAUGUGUGACAGGAUUAUAGAGAAGCAUUACUUUUUUUACUUAGCGUUUGAGAAUUCAUUCAGUGAAGAUUAUGUUACUGAGAAGAUUUUACACGGUUUGCGGUAUAGCGCGAUUCCAAUAGUUUAUGGAGGAGCUAAUUACACAAGAUUUAUGCCGGAUGGAAGCUACUUAGAUGCUAGAAAGCUCGGUGUGCAAAAACUUGCUGAGAAAAUGAAUCAUUUAAUGCACAACAUCGAGGAAUACUCGACGUACUUUAAAUGGCAGAAUCACUAUUCUUAUCACAAAAAAGGUGAUACAGUAGAGACUGAUGAUUACUGUGCUAUUUGUGCUCUGCUUAAUGAUGAAAAAAAAGUUAAUGAAACAUCUGUGUAUCAAAACUUGCGACAGUGGUGGAAUCCUGCUGAGUAUUUGUGUCCGGCUGGUUAAAAAAAUGAGAUAGUCUUAGGAGUCUAAUGUAAAUGUGAAUGUUUCAAUUGGCUUUUGUCAAAGCAGUCCUUGUUAAUGGGCGUUGUUUAGUCAUGUCUUGAUAUUUCUCUUACUUAAUGUAAACUAUUUGUAUAUUAUUUAGGUCCGGUAUAAUAUAAUUCAGUACGUAAUAUGUUUAUUUUUAUUAUUUUGUGGAAAUAUUGUUAUAUUGUGAAGGAUGGAAGUGCAUCUAGCGUAUUUAUAUCUACUGUUAUUACGUGUACAUUUAAGGUUACUUUGGUUGAAAUUGACAAAGAAGGCUUGCAUAGAGACAUACUUCAACACGGGGUUUCUGAUAUUUAGUUAUCGUUACUUAUUAUUUGAUUUAAAUUGUAUUUAACUAUGUUUGGCUGUGCGUACUAAUCUGAAUGUUGACUUUAUACCGAAGCGCAGCAGUCUUUUUUUUUUUUUACACAAUUCUGCACAUUUGCGCGCGCAAAAUCCUAGGAUUGAAUACUUUUCCCAUGGAACGUCAAAGUUCAAAAUUUUAAAUUCAAAAUUUUACUUUAUCGCCAUCUUGUAAAAUAGUUGGCCGAGGAUUGGUCGAGUAAUUUCGGUCAGAAAUAAUGCGUUUUCAGAAGAUGUCUAAAUAAAUUAAAUUUUCUAUGUUAUAAAUCACUCACGGGUCCAAUUAAAAUCAAGUGAGUGUGUCUAUCUGUAUCUAGGCCCCGUGGAUAAAUAAAAAAGAUGCAAUUGAACUAUUUGUACGUUGUUUUUUGAGGAAAAAAGAAAAUUUUAAAUAUGUAGUUAGCGUCGAGUGCGGCGGCUUGGCGUUUGGUCGGUCGUGACCUUUUUUUAAUAACUCACGACUUGCAGGGCGAGAGGGGCAGUUUCUAUGCUUACCACGUCUAUCCUGGACAUUGUUAGUUGAUUUUGUGUAACUCGAUAACCGAACACGUCGACAAACACGUGUAUUAUAACGGUAAUAGCUAGGUCAGUGCACAUGUAAAUCUAGAGUCUGUAAUUCAUAACCUAAUAAUGUAACAUAACCUGUGUUACAGACCUGAAACGUACUGAUUCGUUCUUCUCUCUAGUUAAAAUUCAGUUAUAAUAGUAUAUUGUAUACACUUAGAUUCAGUUUCAUUUAUGUUAAUGAAAACAAAUAUUAUUUGAUUUUAAAAUCGGGACUUGAGCGUGUUUAAAAUAUUACAUUUUGCCUCAACGUUUCGGACGUGGUCUAUGGUCUAGAAGAGACUCUAUAGAAUAAAUAUUAUUAUGUGCGUCAGGCUAGGUAAGUAAGUACACAUAUAGCGUCGUUCGUAAACCUAGUAACCUUCAUUAAUGUGAACCGUUGAGCAGGCACAAAAAACAGAAUUACUAGAAAUACUUAUGUGACAGUCUAUGAUUAUUCCUUUAGUUUAUAAUUAAAAGAAGGCCUACAAAUUAUAUUUCAGUCUUUAAUUGCCCAAUAUUGCGCUUGAAUAGUAAAAAAGGAGUUCGCUCCAAAGACGGAGUUACAAGGUUUUCAAAUUUAUCCGACGAUAUGUAAAUUGGACUAGGUUAUUAUCAUAAUAUGAAUUGACGGUGAACGAGCUGUUUUCUGCUUCGCCUAAAAAGUUAUUAUCUAGCUAUUUCAGAUUUAUCCGUAAAAUUGUAUGCGGUUAUCAUAUUGUUGUACAACUUCACGACUGGUUUUACUACUUUUGUUAUUUGAUUGACUUUUGUAUCGAAAUUAUUGUAUGGCCGCGUUGAACGCUAUCAGCAUGUCAUGUAGGUACAUGUAGGUACAUACACCUAUAAAUAUUCCGACUAAUAUAACAACACGUCGCCUUAUUUUCUCUAACUCGUAUCUCAAAAACACAAAGUUACUGCAAUGCAAAAAAUGGAUUGUAUAUACAAAUGUUGCAGGCUGACUUCACAUCACUUCACAUCCUUGAUAUUCAAACACUGGCUUUUACCUAUUCUUAAAGUGAUCGAUCCAAAUUAACACCAUUGAUGAGAAAUUUAAAAUAAAUAGAAAGUUAUCCCAUCUCCUGUGUAAUCAAUCUUUAUAAGAUACGAGUUUGAGAAAGUAAGGCAUCGAAAAAGCUUUUUUAGAUUUUAAGGCUUUCGUAGUUAUUCACUAAAUUAUUAUAACAGUUACACGCUCUAUGGUCACGGGUUGACUGUCAACUUAAGACCAUAGAGUGUGUAACCAUUCCGAAAUGUCGGAAAAAUAAAAUGAAGUCAU